CAAAUCUUAAACAUCUGUUCGAUUCAUCGAGGAUACACAUAUAGGUAUAGGUAUACGAUCAAUCCUAAGCUUGACAAGAAUGUAAACUUUCAAGCAAACAUGAUAAUGGGGUGGAGAAAACAAUGGAAAAUCGUUCAAACGAGUAGCGAAUAAAUGAAUUGAAUGAGCAAUAGAUGAAUGAGUGAAUAAAUAAGAGAGUAAUGGUGGACAAAUUGAGUGAACCAUCACAAUAUUUAAAACUGUUUAAGUAAUUAAGUUAUUGAACGAAUAAAUACUAAUAAAAUGUGCACAAAUGUGUGUUGUAUGUAUGUAUAAAUAUUUUUGUAUUUACGUAUUAUCACAAUACAAGAUGUUAUUUAACACACGAAAACAUUCAUUUUCAUUUGAACUAUCGCUGACAUUCAUCUGUACAACAAAACUACUCGGAUUUGUACUCAUCAUUUGGAUAAUAAUCUUAACAGUAAAAAAAUACUUGUCCGAACUUAAAGAAAAUCUAAUACUAGUAUCUCAAUUUCAAUGUUAACUCAUACAGAAUCAAUAAUUAGUCCACUAAUUUGCCAUAAUUACAAUCUGUUUAAUAAACAAACUCACAUGUACCACCCUAUUAUAUCUGACAGUUCCACUCUACACAGUAAUCAAAUAGCCUCUUGUACAACUAUUCAUAAAAACAAUAACAGUGAUAGUAUUAACACUGCUAACAUAAACGAUAAUUCCAAUAGGAAUAAUUUACAUUUCAGAAAUAAGCCUGAUUACACAGAAAUAGAUGAGAUACGAACAUUGACAGCAUCAGAGUCAUUAAAGAACAUGUGUCAGUCUUUUGAUUUGAGAACAAAACAGCUGAAUAAUGGUAAUGAUAACAAUGAUCAUCGUCAAAGUAAUGAAUCGCAGUAUUAUCAGUCAAUGCAGUAUUUAAACUCAUGCCUAUUUAAGUCACUACAAUUAAAUUUCGCAUCAUCCAAUGAAGCGUGCCACGGCUAUAAUCAUCAAAACAAUGAAACAAAUGAGAAAAUUUCAUCGGAUUAUACAACAAACAAGUUAUCGCAUGCAUCAAGAAUGAGAAAUAAUGAAACUUUAAAAGAUAGUCUAUCAGCAUCAGCUAUUCCAGUCAGAACGUCACCAUCUCUGUCAACAUCCUUACCUGUUUCACUCUCAUCAUCUAGUAUACAUUCAUCAUUGUAUAGUGAAUCAAAUGGGGUCCAACUUCCAAUGAGCGAUUUAUUCUCUUAUAAACAAGGAAGAGAUGAAAUAUUUAAUAAACUUGAAACGGUGAAUGAAUCAGUAAAUGAAUGUCAGAAUUCUCUUACGGAAGAUCUCUCGCUUAUGUUGAAUUUCCCUGAUUCAAUUUCAGAUGGUAAUCAGUCUUCAAACCACUCAUUGAAUAAUAAUAAUAAUCACAUCAGUAAUAACAACAAUAUUAUCCAUCAUACAGAUGAAAUAAAAACCAACUUAACUUACACAAUUGAUCGAAUUUUGUUAUCGGAACGCGAAUCACCAAACUCUGAUUUGUUAUUGAGUGUAUCAAAUCACUUAACUAAUACACUGACAGAUUCAAGCCACACAAAAAAUUUAACUCAGUUUAAUUCCGAUAAUGUUAAUACUGGAAAUCAGAGUUACGUAAACAAUGAAUGGCUUUCUACUGACCAGUUAAUUAAUGGCUCUAAUUCUACUAAUAAUUGUAGACCAACACAACCAUUCUUUUCAUCUUCAUUGGCUGAACAGUCAUCAUUGUCUUCUUCGUCAUGUUCACAAACAGGUUUUCAGUUUUGGUUUAGUAUAUUUUAUAAACUAUGGUUGGAACAAUUCAAUCAAGUUCAAUCAAAACCAAUUGAUUUCAGUCAGUCUGUGUCAGGGAUGAGUUCGAAGAAAACAGAUGAAAUUCAGCUUAAAUCAUUUCCGUUUAGUAAUAACAUAAAUAUUCAUGCUGAUAACGGUAGUGAUAGUUUUCUAUUUAAUUCAUCAAUACAUCCUUCAGUGAAUACAUCGAAUGAUUUUCGGACGUUAGAAAGUUUUACAGAAAAUCUUUUUGUGAAACCGUCUCACAUGAAAGAGGAUUCUUAUCACCGAUCAGAUUCAUUGUCUUUAAACACUAAUUCUACACUGUCCCCUCAAUCAUGUUGCAUUACAAAUGAUGUCAACAACAAUAAACGUAAUCAAAACGAUAACUUGAAUGCUGACUCUGAAUACAAACAACAACCCUUAUACAGAAUGUGCGAAAAUGGUACAAAUCUAAAUACAGCACACUUUAGUGAUUUAAAAAAUAUUUCCCAGUCAGUUUCUCAACCUCCUCAAUCAAAAACGAGUAACAGUCCGGAUAAAAAUGAAUAUGAUUAUCCUCAUAACUUAUUUUCAUUUCAGAUGAAUAAAAUCACAACUCCUUGUAGUAAUCCUUUGAUGACAAUAUUAACACCAUGUACGAAGAAAUAUAGUGAGCACCACUAUAAUUACCCACUACCUACUUCAAGUCACUCUCUUCCUUCUCAAUCGAUAACAUCGACUGAAAACUCAAAAUACUCAGUAAAUGUUGUACACAAGUCAUCGAUUUUAUCUAACUAUAGAUUACAUUCAAACUAUUCAAGACUACGUGGAAAAUCCGUGAUUAGUGGUAACAUUUCAAACGAUAACUUACAACAACGUGGGUACCGAGCUUUACCAUUCCCAUUAACAAAACGCGAUGGUCGGAUGCAUUACGAAUGUAAUAUAUGUCGCAAAACUUUUGGACAAUUAUCUAAUUUAAAAGUGCAUUUACGUACACAUACAGGUGAAAGACCAUUCCGUUGUGAUACAUGCCAUAAGGGCUUUACACAGUUAGCUCAUUUACAGAAGCACAAUUUAGUACAUACCGGUGAAAAACCACAUCAAUGUACAGUGUGCGGGAAACGUUUUAGCAGCACAAGUAACUUAAAAACACAUUUGCGACUACAUAGUGGUGAAAAACCAUUUGCGUGUAAGUUAUGUACAGCCAAAUUUAGUCAAUUUAUUCAUCUAAAAUUACAUCGGCGUUUACACGCAAACGAAAGACCAUUUAUCUGCCCAAGAUGUCAUCAUAAAUUUCUCGAUUCAAAAGGACUGAAGCAACACUGGAGACGAGGAAUCUGUUAUUCUUGUGAAGAAUUACCUCCAGGUAACUGGAGUGAUAUGGAUGGUGAUGAGGAUGUUACUGAAACUCAAGUCAGAAAAACACCCUCAGUAAGUUCCAGUAAUCACCGACAACAACAGCACAAGCGUUCAAAUAGAAUUUGUGAUGUGGACAUUACGGAUGACAGUGAUAUUAGCCACAUUACUUCCACUACUACUGAUAAAGGAACUAUUAAAAGACGCCAUUUUCCCACAAAUAUGAUUCCAAUGUAUAUAGCACCAUAAAAAUGUGAAAGGGAUAUACCUCUAGUUCCUAGGUGUGAUAAUUCUGUGAAGGUUAUCGAAAUUGUCAUGAAUACUUCAAAACAGAUUUUUAACUUACACUGAAAUUCUAAAUGACACGGGUACACCUUUUUAAAAAUAUGGCUGUGUAACAUAAAAACAUAUUUUCAAUUCUUGAAAGAAAGACAAAACUUUUCCAAUCUUAUAUAGCUAAACAAAUAAUAUAUUCAAAUACCUAACUGUAUAUUAUUUAAACUAGCAAACACUUGCGUAUAUUGUGUAAUUUUGGAGUGAAAUAUAGUAUAUUUUGUU